UUCUCCGGGCGAUACGGCGGAGGGGGGUGGGGUGGCUGGGGGGACUGGCCUAGUGUUUUGGAACAGCUGCAGCCGGCGCUGGGCCCGCCUGGAAUGCGGGAACAGGCUGCGCACCAGGACUUUUAUGGAAACUUGCUGCUGGAGACGGCGGCGUCGGCGGCAGCGGCCAAAGGGCUCCCAGCGGCUGGAGCAGCAGCGGCGGCGGCAGCAGCGGCGGCGGCGCCAAGACCCCUGCCCACACCCAGGCGCAGGACGCGCAUAGCCUCUCCACGCGCCACGAGGACGGUCGCUUGUCGUGGGCUCCAGGCGGGUGCAAAGAUAUACAAGGCUUCGUAAUCACCCCAAGACCACAUACACAGAGGGAACAUGAAUGAUAUUUCCCAGAAGGCUGAGAUUCUACUUUCUUCAUCUAAACCUGUCCCAAAAUCCUAUGUGCCAAAACUUGGCAAAGGUGAUGUAAAGGAUAAGUUUGAAGCCAUGCAGAGAGCCAGGGAAGAAAGAAAUCAAAGGAGAUCUAGAGAUGAAAAGCAAAGAAGAAAAGAACAAUAUAUUAGAGAGAGAGAAUGGAACAGGAGAAAGCAAGAGAUGAAAGAAAUGCUUGCUUCGGAUGAUGAGGGAGAGGUAUCUUCUAAAGUAGAAAAGCCUUACGUUCCAAAGCUAACAGGAACUGUUAAAGGUAAAUUUGCUGAAAUGGAGAAACAAAGACAAGAGGAAGAGAGGAAGAGAACAGAGGAGGAACGAAAACGCAGAAUUGAGCAGGAUAUGUUAGAAAAGAGGAAGAUACAACGUGAAUUAGCAAAAAGGGCUGAGCAGGAAGGAGAUGAUUCACUACUUAUAACAGUGGUACCUGUCAAAUCACACAAAACAUCUGGGAAAAUAAAAAAGAAUUUUGAGGAUCUAGAAAAAGAACGAGAAGAAAAGGAAAGGGUCAAGUAUGAAGAAGAUAAAAGAAUAAGGUAUAAAGAGCAACGACGAUCUCUCAAGGAAGCAAAGUGUAUUUCACUGGUCAUGGAUGAUGAGCUGGAUAGUGAGGCAAAAAAAGAAUUAAUUUCUCCUGGGAAACUAAAAUUAACUUUUGAAGAGUUAGAAAGACAAAGACAAGAAAACCGAAGGAAGCAAGCUGAAGAAGAAGCAAGACAACGUUUAGAAGAAGAGAAGCGUGCUUUUGAAGAGGCAAGGCGGCAAAUGGUAAAUGAAGAAGAGGAAAACCGAGAUACAGAAAACAUUUUUAAAGGGUACCGCCCUGGUAAACUCAAACUCAGUUUUGAAGAGAUAGAAAGACAAAGGAGAGAAGAUGAAAAACGGAAAGCAGAAGAAGAAGCCAGAAGGAGAAUAGAGGAAGAAAAGAAGGCAUUUGCUGAAGCAAGGAAAAGCAUGGUAGUAGAUGAUGACUCCCCAGAGAUGUAUAAAGCAAUCUCUCAAGAAUCUCUUACACCGGGAAAACUGGAAAUUAAUUUUGAAGAAUUAUUAAAACAAAAAAUGGAAGAAGAAAAACGACGAACAGAGGAGGAGCGGAAGCAUAAGCUAGAAAUGGAAAAACAGGAAUUUGAACAACUGAGACAAGAAAUGGGAGAGGAAGAGGAAGAAAGUGAAACCUUUGAACUGAGCAGGGAAUAUGAAGAAUUAAUCAAAUUGAAAAGGAGCGGCUCUAUUCAAGCUAAAAAUCUAAAAAGCAAAUUUGAAAAAAUUGGACAAUUGUCUGAAAAAGAAAUACAGAAAAAGAUAGAAGAAGAACGAGCAAGAAGAAGAGCAAUUGACCUUGAAAUUAAAGAGCGAGAAGCAGAAAACUUUCAUGAGGAAGAAGAUGUUGAUAUCAAGCCUGCAAAAAAAAGUGAGGCUCCAUUUACCCAUAAAGUGAAUAUGAAGGCUAGAUUUGAACGAAUGGCUAAGGCAAGAGAAGAGGAAGAGCAAAGAAGAAUUGAAGAACAAAAGUUACUCCGCAUGCAGUUUGAACAAAAGGAAAUUGAUGCAGCACUACAAAAGAAAAGAGAAGAGGAGGAGGAAGAAGAGGGUAGCAUCAUGAAUGGCUCCACUAUCGAAGAUGAAGAGCAAACCAGAUCAGGAGCUCCGUGGUUCAAGAAGCCUCUAAAAAACACAUCAGUUGUAGACAGUGAGCCAGUUAGAUUUACUGUUAAAGUAACAGGAGAACCCAAACCAGAAAUUACAUGGUGGUUUGAAGGAGAAAUACUGCAGGAUGGAGAAGACUAUCAGUAUAUCGAAAGAGGAGAAACUUACUGCCUUUAUUUACCAGAAACUUUCCCAGAAGAUGAAGGAGAGUAUAUGUGUAAAGCAGUCAACAAUAAAGGCUCCGCAGCUAGUACCUGUAUUCUUACCAUAGAAACUGACGACUACUAGGCUUCCCUUCCCUCUCCCUGGAACACACUCUCUCUCCAACUUUCUUACUACAUCCAUCUUUUCUGUGGAGGGGCCAAAAAAGGAAACCAGAAGUGCUACUAUGUUGACUUCUUAUUCCUUUCCUAACAGUCUUCAAAACACAAGCUCGUCUCAAGAAUACCUUCUUCCUUUCCAAUGAGCACCAGAUUCAUUGCCAUAUUAUACAAUAGAAGUUAAUGCGUAUUUAACAGAGAAAGUAGGAAAUUUACUCAAUUAUUAUAUCAGAACCUAUUACAAAGGCUAUGUAUUUCCCAUAAGUUUACAGCAAUUACUUUUUAAAAUAUCAUAAAUUAAACCGUAUUUUGCAUGAAAGAAUGCCAUUUGUAAGCUAUUUAUACCUAAAAUUAGUCUGAAAUACCUGAGACUUAAUCAAUUUGGAACCUAUCAAUUUCAGUGGGAUUUUUUCCCUUAGUAGUACAUCAUUUUGGUAGUUGUAGUUUCAGUCUUUCUGAAGCAGAUCUUUGAGGGAGGAGGGUGUCAUUCCUUUUAUGGGAAAGGGGAAGCAUGGAGAAAAACAAAAAACUGAAGUAAGACUUUUAAGAAACAAUUGCCAGAGAAAUCUGGAUGGAAACCACUGCCUAAAGAGUUUUGAGUGUUGAGAAUAUUAAAUGUACUUUUUAAAUGUGUGUAAUAUAUAUUCAAGCUUAUAAAGCAAAUUUAUGUUGUGACCUUGCCUGAACAAAUUAUAUUUUAAUGAAAGACUUUGUAUUAAUAGUUCAUACAGGAGAAAACUUUCAACAUAACUGAAGAUUUCAAGAUGUAAGAGGUUAAAUUUAGGAGAAAAAUGGCACAAUCUUCAGUUUUAAAUUCUGGUAUUUAAAAUGAGUUUGUAAAUAAUUAACUUCAUGUUCUAUUAUCAAGUUAUUUUAUAUUUUAAUUUUCUGGAAGACAAUUUUAUUUUACAAUGUAAACCAUAAUAAAGUAACUUCUAUAUUAAAAAGGCUUUCAGUAUUUUAGAAAAGAGACAAAACACUCCCUUAUAAUAUUCAUCAAUGUACAUUUAUUUUUUUAUUGCAAAAACCAUAAUCAAUACAAAAUUACAGCAAUCAUGUACCCUUUUACAUACAAUGUCAUUAAAGCAAACUCUAAACCACAGUUUGUAAAGUAUUCAAUUUACCUCAAGUCCAAGCUGCAUCUCCCUAAGACACUGUUCCCAUCACAGUAGCCAUUUUAAGCCAAUCUUCUUUUUACACACGGGUAGUUUCUGUAGAGAACACUUUUCUCAGGACGAAAAUGCAUCGAGCAUGCAUAAGAAAAAAUAUAGAUAUAUGCGCAAACACAUUUAAGAGUUUCUAUAGGGGUGUCAAUGAAGAAAAUAAAACCCUGGGAUUUAUUUGCUUCUUAGAAGCACCAAUUUAAAAAUUCCCUCUGAAGUUUAUACUGUGGCAAGAAAACUCAAGUGACUAAACAAAAAAUAAGGUUAUUUUCAGAGUCACAAUUAUCUUUAACUAGGUAUUGUUAAAAACACAUUUUAAAAUGAGGCAAAAUCUUCAGAAAGUAAAAAUAAGACAUCCUCACUGAUCAGUAAUUUCGACAUCCCUACUCUAGACAACAGAUAAGUUUGCAGACAGAACUGAUUCUCCUGGCAGAGUAAUCACAAAUGAAAUGUCAUCUGUUCUGCAUAUAUUUCUAUAUCCCUCUUAAGGUACUCUGCUACUCCUAUCCAAACCCACCUUUAUGAAUUAACUACUACCAAGGUAUUUGUCUAAGGAUAUAGUUUACAAUGUUUAUAAA